AUGACCGGACCUAUACCCUCCGCUGCACCCAACCAGAGCAGAGUCGACACCCAGGCAGACACCUAUGGUUACACCCAGGCAGACACCCAUGGUUACACCCAGGCAGACACCCAUGGUUACACCCAGGCAGACACCUAUGGUUACACCCAGGCAGACACCCAUGGUUACACCCAGGCAGACACCCAUGGUUACACCCAGGCAGACACCUAUGGUUACACCCAGGCAGACACCCAUGGUUACACCUAUGGUUACACCCAGGCAGACACCCAUGGUUACACCCAGGCAGACACCCAUGGUUACACCCAGGCAGACACCCAUGGUUACACCCAGGCAGACACCCAUGGUUACACCCAGGCAGACACCUAUGGUUAUACCCAGGCAGACACCCAUGGUUACACCCAGGCAGACACCCAUGGUUACACCCAGGCAGACACCCAUGGUUACACCCAGGCAGACACCCAUGGUUACACCCAGGCAGACACCUAUGGUUAUACCCAGGCAGACACCCAUGGUUACACCCAGGCAGACACCCAUGGUUACACCCAGGCAGACACCCAUGGUUACACCCAGGCAGACACCCAUGGUUACUCCCAGGCAGACACCCAUGGUUACACCCAUGGUACCAGAGACACAUCAUCACGGGUACCAGAGCCUCAUCAUCACGGGUACCAGAGCCACAUCAUCAGGGGUACCAGAGCCACAUCAUCAGGGGUACCAGAGCCUCAUCAUCAGAGGUACCAGAGCCACAUCAUCAGUACCAGAGCCACAUCAUCAGGGGUACCAGAGCCUCAUCAUCAGGGGUACCAGAGCCACAUCAUCAGGGGUACCAGAGCCUCAUCAUCAGGGGUACCAGAGCCACAUCAUCAGGGGUACCAGAGCCACAUCAUCAGGGGUACCAGAGCCACAUCAUCAGGGGGUACCAGAGCCACAUCAUCAGGGGUACCAGAGCCACAUCAUCAAGGGCACCAGAGCCACAUCAUCAAGGGCACCAGAGCAUCAUCAUCAGGGGUACCAGAGCCACAUCAUCAGGGGUACCAGAGCCACAUCAUCAGGGGUACCAGAGCCACAUCAUCAGGGGGUACCAGAGCCACAUCAUCAGGGGUACCAGAGCCACAUCAUCAGAGGUACCAGAGCCACAUCAUCAGGAGUACCAGAGCCACAUCAUCAGGGGUACCAGAGCCACAUCAGCAGAGGUACCAGAGCCACAUCAUCAGGGGUACCAGAGCCACAUCACCAGAGGUACCAGAGCCACAUCAUCAGGGGUACCAGAGCCACAUCAUCAGGAGUACAAGAGCCACAUCAUCAGGGGUACCAGAGUCACAUCAUCACGGGUACCAGAGACACAUCAUCACGGGUACCAGAGCCUCAUCAUCAGGGGUACCAGAGCCAUAUCAUCAGGGGUACCAGAACCACAUCAACAGGGGUACCAGAGCCACAUCAUCAGGGGUACCAGAGCCACAUCAUCAGGGGUACCAUAGCCUCAUCAUCCGGGGUACCAGAGCCACAUCAUCAGGGGUACCAGAGCCACAUCAUCAGGGGUACCAGAGCCACAUCAUCAGGGGUACCAGAGCCACAUCAUUAGGGGUACCAGAGCCUCAUCAUCAGAGGUACCAGAGCCUCAUCAUCAGAGGUACCAGAGCCACAUCAUCAGAGGUACCAGAGCCACAUCAUCAGGGGUACCAGAGCCACAUCAGCAGAGGUACCAGAGCCACAUCAUCAGGGGUACCAGAGCCACAUCACCAGAGGUACCAGAGCCACAUCAUCAGGGGUACCAGAGCCACAUCAUCAGGAGUACCAGAGCCACAUCAUCAGGGGUACCAGAGCCACAUCAUCACGGGUACCAGAGACACAUCAUCACGGGUACCAGAGCCUCGUACCAGAGACACAUCAUCACGGGUACCAGAGCCUCAUCAUCAGGGGUACCAGAGCCAUAUCAUCAGGGGUACCAGAGCCACAUCAUCAGGGGUACCACAGCCACAUCACCAGAGGUACGACAGCCACAUCAUCAGGGGUACCAGAGCCACAUCAUCAGGGGUACCAGAGCCACAUCAUCAGGGGUACCAUAGCCUCAUCAUCAGGGGUACCAGAGCCACAUCAUCAGGGGUACCAGAGCCACAUCAUCAGAGCUGGCGACGUCUCCCACCUCCAACACUCAGCCGGCGACGUCUCCCACCUCCAACACUCAGCUGGCGACGUCUCCUACCUCCAACACUCAGCUGGCGACGUCUCCCUACCUCCAACACUCAGUUGGCGACGUCUCCCACCUCCAACACUCAGCCGGCGACGUCUCCCACCUCCAACACUCAGCUGGCGACGUCUCCCACCUCCAACACUCAGCUGGCGACGUCUCCCACCUCCAACACUCAGCCGGCGACGUCUCCCACCUCCAACACUCAGCCGGCGACGUCUCCUACCUCCAACACUCAGCUGGCGACGUCUCCUACCUCCAACACUCAGCUGGCGACGUCUCCCACCUCCAACACUCAGCCGGCGACGUCUCCUACCUCCAACACUCAGCUGGCGACGUCUCCCACCUCCAACACUCAGCUGGCGACGUCUCCCACCUCCAACACUCAGCUGGCGACGUCUCCCACCUCCAACACUCAGCCGGCGACGUCUCCCACCUCCAACACUCAGCCGGCGACGUCUCCUACCUCCAACACUCUUUCUGGCGACGUCUCCCUACCUCCAACACUCAGCUGGCGACGUCUCCCUACCUCCAACACUCAGCUGGCGACGUCUCCUACCUCCAACACUCAGCUGGCGACGUCUCCCUACCUCCAACACUCAGCUGGCGACGUCUCCCUACCUCCAACACUCAGCUGGCGACGUCUCCUACCUCCAACACUCAGCGGGCGACGUCUCCUACCUCCAACACUCAGCGGGCGACGUCUCCAACCUCCAACACUCAGCUGGCGACGUCUCCCACCUCCAACACUCAGCCGGCGACGUCUCCAACACUGA